AUGGUAUUUCCAAACUUUGAAGAGUUAAAGAAUGCUGUCUCAAUUUUCCACAUCCGACACCGAAAAAAUUUCUGCUCCAGUUACAAAAAAAGCAGUUCUUGGCGAGCUGUUUGUGCAACCACUGGACCACAACAAACGCCGUGUAAUUGGUCACUCUCAGCUGCUAAAUUGAAGGGUACAACAAACCAAUGGAAGAUAAAAAAGGUGUCGACUACACAUACUUGCCAAAAUGUUUUCAUUGAAGGAGGAAUGGACAGGGUGUGCGGUAGUGAUUUAAUUGCUGCUCUGGUCACACGUAAGAUUUGUGAAGACCCACACUACAAAGUCAAACACAUCCAAACCGAUGUAAAAAAUGAGUACGGAUUAGAUGUGAGUUACAGGAAAGCGUGGUAUGCUAGGCAAAAAUGCAUUGAGACUGAGUACGGCAAAUUUGCUGACUCGUACAAUGAGCUACCAAGUUUCCUCAUGUCUUUGAAGGCAACAAACCCCGGCACCAUAAUUGAAUUUGAUUUCACACCAUCCCCUCCAUCUCCAAGUGGCGAAAGCGCGUACGUUCAUUUCAAGUAUGCAUUUUGGGCUUUUAAGCCAGCGAUAGACGGCUUCCAGUAUUGCUUCCCAGUUAUUGGUGUGGAUGGUACACACCUCUAUGGAAAAUACAAGGGCAACCUCCUAUUAGCGGUCGGGACGAACGCUAAUAAUGAAAUCUUUCCACUGGCCUAUUCCAUUGUGGACGCUGAAACCGCAGCCAGCUGGAGUUAG